UAGUACAUUUUAAAAAACGCGAAUGGGCCGUGGUAGACCUGGUGAGUCUUGGGCCGGGCUGCGGCACGCCACAUAACAGCUUGCGGCGGUCGGAGAGAUGAACGGGAUGGAGUGCGCGGCGAGAGGGAGCGGAAAACGGUGCGGCGGUGCCGCCACGCGUCUGUGCACUCGCUGCGAAGCCGUCGCAUAUUGCUCUCUUUCUCACCAGAUUGCACACUGGAGUCGUCACAAACACGAGUGUGAUAGGUUGCAACAGCAGAUGAAGAGUGUUGAAGUCCUCAACGAUUUUCCCUUCACUUUCUCUCGCGAAGCCACGUUUCAGGUUUGUGUGAAGCACGAAGGUAGAUGUUCAUUUUUGAGCAACAGAGGACUUCAUAAAGUGGGAAUGUGGCUGCAUGAAUGCGGUUGUGGGGCGACAUCUGCUUCAUUUGAUUGUUUAGGUUUAAAUAAUGGUUGGGAUCUCCCAAGUGUUUUAUGUCCAUGUGGGCCAAACUCUCUGGUAUUAGAGCAAUUGCAUAGUUGGAGAGACUACUAUAAGUGGAGAAGCAUCCCACUAGACUCGCCUGUUGCUUUGCUUCUUCAUUGGCCGCUUACAAUAUAUCAUGCUGCUCGUCUUGUUGGAAUUACAGCCUUGAAUCCUGAAAUCAAUGAAAAGUUGUACAUACAUUACCUUGGACCUGAGAAAGAGUUGCUACAACUUCUUGUGUUUGGAGAAUUACUGGCACUCUUCCCUGGUUUUCAUGUUCAUAUAGAACUUGUUGGACCUGCAAUUCCUCCUCAAAGGGAUGGUGAGAAAAUUCAAAUUUCAAAGUAUGCUUGUUGCAAUGAAGAUGAGUGUGAGUGCAAAAUAGCAAUUAAAAAUACAUAUCCUGAAACAGAGUCUGGUUCAGCUGUGACAUUGCAGCUUUGGCGAGGAUUCUAUCAUGACCGAUAUAGAGAUAUUGUUAAGGAUUCCUUUCCUCACCUAAUAAUUGCUCCAAAUGGUGGCAUUGCUGCUUAUUCCAGUUGGUUACCAUGUAUUGAGUUAAUUGAAAAGAUUGGCGUCCCAGCUGUUUUUACUGAUUAUUGCGAGGAAGCAUGUCAUCUUGCAGCAAGUUGUAUUAAGACUGUGUCUGACCGUCCUCCUAAAUUGCCAGUUCAGUUAAAUCCUUUCAGGCAGCCCAUAGCCGUGGAAGACAGCGUGCUAUUAUUGCCCUGCUACUCGAAUUGCUUUCUUUUUGGAAUGUAAAGGGUUACUCAGAAUAUCUCGAUUCUUGAGCCAACAAUAUUGGCAGGAACAACAAACCUAAUUGCAUCAAAAGUAAACCAUUACUUGAUCUAAUGCGAAGGGUAUGUAAAUAACAAUAACAAUCAAAAGCUUUGCAAACAUGUAUCCUGAUUAAACCUAUGUGCUGGAUGUGCUACAGCCACUACAAUCAUUCUAAAAUUUUCGCGCGGCAUGAUAUACAUCUAGGUUUGUGACAAGGUCAUAGCUAGAUGGUAGAUUUGAUUUAAAGUAUCUAUAGAUUUUUUUUCUGAACUCUCCCUGUAUAGAUACUGAACCACAUAAUUUUCAAUCAAAUUAUAGAAGUUGAUGUAAUUAUCAAAAUAUUGAGAGUAUUUAACUUCUUAAAAAUAUUCUUACUA